AGAAGUCAUUCAGAAUUCAAAGGAAGUUCUGAGCUUGUUACAAGAAAAAAACCCCGCCUUUAAGCCAGUUCUUGCUAUUAUUCAGGCAGGUGAUGACAACUUGAUGCAGGAAAUAAAUCAGAAUUUGGCUGAGGAGGCUGGUCUGAACAUCACUCACAUCUGCCUUCCUCCUGACAGUGGUGAAGAAGAGAUUAUAGAUGAAAUUUUGAAGAUUAAUGAAGACACCAGAGUACAUGGCCUCGCCCUUCAGAUCUCUGAGAGCUCAUUUAGCAGCAAAGUUCUCAAUGCCUUGAAACCAGAAAAAGAUGUGGAUGGGGUGACUGACGUGAACCUAGGGAAGUUGGUGCGUGGGGAUGCCCAUGAGUGUUUUGUUUCACCUGUUGCCAGAGCUGUCAUCGAACUUCUAGAAAAAUCAGGUGUCAACUUAGAUGGAAAGAAGAUCUUGGUACUCGGGGCCCAUGGGUCCUUGGAAGCUGCCCUGCAGUGUCUAUUCCAGAGAAAAGGGUCCAUGACCAUGAGCUCCCCGUGGAAAGCCCCUCAGCUUGAAAGCAAGCUUCAAGAGGCUGACAUACUGGUCUUAGGCUCACCGAAGCCUGAAGAGAUUCCCCUGACCUGGAUACAGCCAGGAACGACUGUUCUCAAUUGCUCCCAUGACUUCCUGUCAGGGAAGCUUGGAUGUGGUCCUCCUGGGGCACCGUUUAGUGGACUCAUUGCGGAAGGCGAUGUGGGUCUCCUGGCUGCAGCUCUGCGGAUACAGAAUAUGGUCAGUAGUGGAAGGAGGUGGCUUCGAGAACAGCAGCACAGGAGGUGGCGACUUCACUGCCUGAAACUCCAGCCUCUCUCGCCUGUCCCAAGCGAUAUUGAGAUUUCAAGAGCACAGACUCCAAAAGCCGUGGAUGUCCUUGCCAAGGAGAUAGGAUUGCUUGCAGAUGAAAUUGAAAUCUAUGGUAAAAGCAAAGCCAAAGUACGUUUGUCCCUGCUGGAAAGGUUAAAGGAUCAAGCAGAUGGAAAAUACGUCCUCGUAGCUGGCAUCACGCCCACCCCUCUCGGAGAAGGGAAGAGCACCGUUACGAUUGGCCUUGUGCAGGCCCUCACCGCGCACCUGAAUGUCAACUCCUUUGCCUGUCUGAGGCAACCUUCCCAGGGACCGACUUUUGGAGUGAAAGGAGGUGCGGCAGGUGGCGGGUAUGCCCAGGUCAUCCCCAUGGAGGAGUUCAACCUUCAUCUGACUGGGGACAUCCAUGCCAUCACUGCUGCCAACAACUUGCUGGCCGCUGCCAUCGACACAAGGAUUUUGCAUGAAAGCACUCAAACAGAUAAGGCUCUGUUUAAUCGGCUGGUGCCUUUAGUGAAUGGGGUCCGAGAAUUUUCAGAAAUACAACUUGCUCGACUGAAAAAACUAGGAAUACAUAAGACUGACCCAAGCUCGCUGACGGAAGAGGAAAUGAGUAAAUUUGCCCGUCUCAACAUCGACCCCUCCACCAUCACGUGGCAGAGAGUAUUGGAUACAAAUGACCGAUUCCUUCGAAAAAUCACCAUUGGGCAGGCAAGCACAGAGAAAGGAUGUUCCCGGCAGGCACAGUUUGACAUCGCAGUGGCCAGCGAGAUCAUGGCCCUCAUGGACAUGAAGGAACGGCUGGGAAGAAUGGUGGUAGCCAGUGACAAAAACGGGCAGCCAGUGACAGCAGAAGAUUUGGGGGUGACAGGUGCUUUGACUGUUUUGAUGAAAGAUGCAAUAAAACCAAAUCUGAUGCAGACCCUAGAAGGGACGCCUGUGUUUGUGCAUGCCGGCCCCUUUGCUAACAUUGCUCAUGGCAACUCUUCAGUGUUGGCCGAUAAAAUUGCCCUGAAGCUGGUUGGCGAAGAAGGAUUUGUAGUGACGGAAGCUGGCUUUGGUGCUGAUAUCGGAAUGGAGAAGUUCUUCAACAUCAAGUGCCGGGCUUCGGGCUUGGUGCCAAAUGUGGUGGUGCUGGUAGCGACCGUGCGAGCCUUGAAGAUGCACGGGGGCGGGCCCAGCGUAACUGCUGGUGUCCCUCUGAAGAAGGAGUACACAGAGGAGAACAUCCAGCUGGUGGCCGAUGGCUGCUGCAACCUCCAGAAGCAAAUUCAGAUCGCUCAGCUCUUCGGGGUUCCUGUCGUGGUGGCACUGAAUGUCUUUAAGACGGACACCCGCGCCGAGAUCGACUUGGUGUGUGAGCUUGCGAAGCGGGCUGGUGCCUUCGACGCCGUCCCCUGCUAUCACUGGUCGGUUGGUGGCAAAGGGUCUGUGGACUUGGCCCGGGCUGUGAGAGAGGCUGCAAGCAAGAGAAGCCGUUUCCAGUUCCUGUAUGAUGUGCAGCUUCCAAUUGUUGAAAAGAUAAGAACCAUCGCCCAGGCUGUCUAUGGAGCCAAAGAUAUCGAACUUUCUCCUGAGGCCCAAUCCAAAAUAGAUCGUUAUACUCAACAGGGCUUUGGAAAUUUGCCCAUCUGCAUGGCGAAGACCCACCUUUCUCUCUCUCACCAGCCCGACAAGAAAGGUGUGCCGAGGGAUUUCGUCUUGCCUAUCACUGAUGUCCGGGCCAGCAUAGGCGCUGGGUUCAUUUACCCGUUAGUGGGAACGAUGAGCACCAUGCCGGGACUGCCCACUCGGCCCUGCUUUUACGACAUCGAUCUCGACACAGAAACAGAACAAGUGAAAGGCUUGUUCUGAGAGAAGACUCAGAGGACCGAGUCAGGCUCUUUGGACACAAACUGCUCUUUGCCUUUUUGCCAGUGUUGGAGAAGAGAGUAAACAUGAGACAAGCCCGUGAUGCCUGGCACAGGAAGGGUGAAAUGGGCCGAAGAGUUCUUCAUUUAAGACCAGUUCUGUUUGCAAUGGGGUAUGGUGUUCAGCUAAAGGACCUCCGCCGAGCCUGACGGAAAUUAAUUUAUUUUCUGCUUCUACAGAGUUUACAUGAUUUCCCACUGCUUAUACCCAGAAUGUGUAUUUUAUGGGGAUUAAGGAAUUUUAAAAGUGUGAACAAAAAGGUACCAUUUUCCACCGUGGAGUUUUCUAUUUUGUCUUUGAAAAUAAACAUGAUCUAGAAAACCAA